AUGUCGGCAGUGAUUGACUAUCGAGGACAAGCCCUAGCUGAAACCAUCUAUCGGUACACUCUUUUUACAUCGGCUAUUGUUGGAUUUAUUGUUGGAUUUUACUUCCAGAAAUUUUCAUUCGGUUUUUAUAUUUUUGCUAUCGGAACGUUACUGGCUUUGAUUCUUACGGUUCCUUCAUGGCCUUUCUAUCGAAAACAUCCAGUGGUGUGGCGAACUGACGUGCCAAAUGAUUUAUCAGAAGAGGAAGAACAAGGCAAGAAAGUUAAAGCUAUUUAA